AUGCGACUAGGUUUUUCGAACCUGGCUGUGACAGCAGGCCUACUUGCGUCCGCCACGACAUUACUCGCCCAAGACAUACCGCUAGAUUUGCCCUUGUCAACACUACUUUCGUCGGCGCAAUCGCACCUCGCCAAGGGCGAAACCAGCGAGGCUCUCGCAUACUACGACGCGGCCGUCGCGAAGGACCCUUCAAACUACCUUACAUUCUUCAAGCGUGCUACCACCUACCUCUCACUCGGCCGCUCUAGCCAAGCCAGCCAGGACUUUGGCAAGGUCUUGGAGCUUAAGCCGGGGUUUGAAGGCGCACAUAUACAACUAGCUAAAAUAAAAGCCAAAGUUGCCGACUGGGAAGGCGCCAGAUCAGAGUACAUUGCGGCAAGGAAAAAUGAAGAUUCUCCUGAACUCAUCGAACUGGCGGAGUCGCAAGGCGCCGCCGAUCUGUCAGAUAUUGCAGAAAAGGAUAAGAACUGGGAUGCGUGUAUAAACCACGCUGGUGCGGCCAUUCUUGUUGCCUCUAGGGCACCAUCUCUACGUCAGCGACGCUCACGGUGCAGGUUUGAGCGAGGAGAAGUUGAAGAGGGCAUGAACGAUUUGCAUCAUGUUCUCCAGCUUCGGCCAGGCAACACUGACCCAUAUGUUCUCAUAUCAGCAACGACUUUCUACGGGCUGGCAGAUAUGGAUAACGCGAUUGCCCAAAUACGGAAAUGUCUGCACUCUGACCCCGACUCAAAGAUUUGCAAAGCAGUGCAUAAGCAAGAGAAGCGUUUGCAAAAGGCACUCUCAAAAGCCGAAAGUCAGCUCAACCGUGGUCAAAGCACCACUGCCGGGCGUGCUUUGGUGGGCUCAGCGGAUGAGCCUGGCCUACUUUCAAGCAUUCGCGAGCAAAUAGAUCAGCUAAAGCUAGACGGUUGGAUUCCAAUGCAGGCCAAGACAGCCCUGUAUGACAAGGUGGUUGAAAUGGUGUGUCAAGCAUAUUCUGAGUCGAAUCAUAAGGAUGCUUCUAAAUAUUGCGAGGAGGCUAUCCAAUUGGACCCUGAAUCGUUCUGGGGUCUCAUAUACCGGGGCAAAUCUCUUCUUAAGCGCGAGGAAUAUGAUGCAGCUAUACAGGCGCUUGAAAAGGCUGCAGAAAUACGGCCUGACAAAGGGGAUAAAAUAAAUCCUAUACUGCACAAGGCGCAAAUUGCCCUGAGACGUAGCAAAACGAAAGAUUACUACAAGGUUCUUGGGGUGGCGAAUGACGCUGACGAGCGACAAAUUAAAUCUGCAUACCGCAAGGCAUCUAAGCAAUAUCACCCAGACAAGGCCGCAAAGCAGGGCAUUAGUAAGGAAGAGGCGGAGAAGAAGAUGGCUUCGAUAAAUGAAGCCUAUGAGGUCCUCAGCAAUCCCGAACUACGGGCCCGGUUUGAUCAAGGCGAUGAUCCGAACUCACAGGAGAGAGGCAGUCCGUUUCAGGGAAGUCCGUUUGGUGGCGGUCAACCCUUCAUGUUUCACCAACAAGGAGGUGGAGGUGCAAAUUUCAAAUUUCAAUUUCCUGGCGGAGGUGGUGGCCCAUUUGGAUUCUGA